AUGCGCAACAGCAUGAAGGAGGACAUAAACACUACAUCAGCAGAGUUGGUAUAUGGUUGCACGUUAAGGUUACCAGGGGAGUUUAUUACACCUGGUAACGUCCACGAAGACCAAGGAACGUAUGCUGCCAAACUGCGUUUUUGGUUCGAUCAACUAAGGCCAACAUCAACAUCUGCCCACGGAAAAAAAAACAUAUUUGUGUACAAGGAUCUGAACAAUGCAAAUUAUGUUUUCCUAAGGAAAGACCAUGUGAAAAAACCGUUAGAGAGACCAUAUGAUGGGCCAUUUAAGGUUUUGGAUAGAACGAGCAAAACCAUGACGUUACUAAUCAGAAAUAAGGAGAAGAAAGUGUCAAUGGAUAGAGUCAAACCAGCAUAUAUUGAAGCACCGACCCAACAACCCCUUAACUAA